AUGGACUGGCAAACUGGCUGUUUCGACGGUUCAACUCUGACCGCUGAUUCGGACACCACAGUCAGGUCGCCAACGCAUUUCUUAAAGGAACUUAAAAGGGACCUGACAGUCGAGGCCAUCCAAUUACUCCAACGAGACAAAUAUGAUGAAAUGGAGAAUCGCCUCGGACACACCCGAGUCCUCCAACUUCCGAAGUUCUGUCUAACGACAUGCCUUACGUUCAACAGAAUAAUCGAUAAGCAGAUUAAGGGCACGCCCUGGGGUUCGCCAAUUUCCGGACUCAUAGCCGAGGUGGUUUUGCAACGACUGAAGUUGCUGGUUUUCCGAAACCAAAAUCCUGUGUUCAGUAUGUGGGUGACACCUUCGUCGUAA